AUGUCUGAGGCAGUCAACAACAUCCAACUACAAAACCAACAACUACUCCAACAGUAUCAUCUACAACAACAAUUGAUGGCUGUUCCACUUCAACAACAACAACAACCACAACAAAUGAUGAUGUACAAUCCACAACUAUAUAUCCAACAACAACAACAACAACAACAACAACAACAAUUAUUGCUUCAACAACAACAACAACCACAACAACAACAACAACAAUAUCAACAACAACUACAAAUGCAACAAUACCAAUACCAACAACAAUACCAACAAUAUAUUCAACAACAACAACAAACACAACAAAUGUUACUCUACCAACAGAUGUACCAGAAACAACUAUACCUCCAGUACCAAUACCAACAAUAUUAUAUGAUGCAGAAGCAACAACAAUCCCAACUUGUUCAAAUGCCCGAGCAUCUGUCCAAGGAUUCGAUAUAUGAAUCCCAUGACUCUGUAAAUAUACAACAAUGUAACACUGCUGCCACGACCGACAACAUCUACUACGAGCCAUUCAAGAUGUCACCAGAGUUCCUGCAAAUGCAACAGGCUGCUCAGGAGCGUCUUGAUGCCGAGGCCGCCAACUCCUCCGAGGAGUCCACACCACUACCAUCUGGCAUGACCACACCCAAGCCAAAGAAGUUGGUGGAUAUUUGCGAGAUCUUCAUCCGAGAGCACACCGAGAUGGCCAAGGAAGGAGGUAGCCAGCAAGUGUUCAUCGACGCCUUUGCCCUCAAGCAUGGAGUUGACCUGACGCGCAUGUACUCCAUCCUGCACGUGAUGAAGUGCAUUGGAAUCAUCCAGAAGAGAGGCCACAACUCGUACCACUGGCUGGGUAUGCACAACAUCUCCAAGUGCAUCGAGUCGAUCUUCCACUCGAGCAUCAACUUUUUGACUGGAGAGCAGGAGUUUGUCUGCGCCAGAUGCAAACACAACCACGACCACAACAUCCACAACAGCAACAACAACAACAACCACGAGCUCCAAUUCGACCUCUCCUCGUCAUCAUCCGUCACCAACUCACCAUCAUCACGACCGACCAAGAUAUCACUAUCUCAACAAAAGUCAACCAAGUUAUCCUUGAUAUAUAAGCAAUUCAUCAAGUUAUUCUUUAUAUAUGACACUGUAUCCUGUAAGAAUGCAAAAGAACUGUAUCACAAUUACCUGACGACGGCCAAGUCCAGAAGACUGUAUGACAUGGCAUUGAUCCUGGACAGUAUUGGACUGAUCACCAAGUCUGACAAUCCAGGCAAGAACAAAGUGCAAUACUACCGUUGGAAUGGUCCACCCUGUAUCAAUGAGUUGAAGGAGUCCAGCUGUGACAUUGACAACUCUAUCAUUGAAUAA